GGUGGUUUUUCUCUCAAGUGGUGUGUGUUGUCUGUAUGGCUUUGGAGUAACCUACUGUUUACUCUACUACUAUAUAUACGCACUCCGGCCAGCGACAUAACCGACUGCAGCAGCGCACGUCCGACGACCAUUUGUGUCUGCUGCGCUGCAAUGUCGUACCGCCAGGACCCAGACGCCAUCACGGCGUACCCGAGGGCCCGCGCCGGCAGUGUAGGCCACGCUCCGGUCUUCAGGCAGCAGAGCUUUCCUCUCCAGCAACAGAGACAACAGCCCAGGCAGGUCAACAGUCUGGAGAGAAAUCAUCACUACCGCUACAUGUCGGACCCGGCGCUCCUGGACGACCGAGAGGGAAGAGAGCCCGCAGCAGUACUCCACCGACAGCGGGAGACGUAGCGCCAUGAGCGUGGAGGACUACAGUCGCUCGGAGGAGAACGAGAACAUGGAACGACACGUCCGCAAAGCCAAGAAGAAAAAGAUGAAGCAUCUGCGCUCGUUCAUGAGCGUCUUUAUCGGCGGGCUCCGCCAGAAGGAGAACGGGGAAGAGAAGAAAGAGGAGGACAUAGCCUCCACGAGACACCGCCAGAGAGACGAGAGGAACGGGCUGGCGAGAUCGGUCGCGGGAGGCUCCAGCGUCGCAGCCGGCAGGGGGGCGGAUGAGAGAGGGGGAGACGGUUCUCGGCGAAGAAACAGCUUCCAGGGAGGAGCUCCGAGUCCUCGCCACCACCCGCAGCUGCAGAGACCUCCGGGCCUCGUAUUCCCUCCCCAACAACAGCAACUGCGCGGGCUCCACAACCACGGCAACACCUGCUUCAUGAACGCCGUCCUCCAGUGCCUGGGCAACACGGACCGACUCGCCGAGUACUUCGUCACGGACGCCUACAAGGGAGACUUCAACAAGAACGGCUCCAAGCUGACGACGUCCAGCAACGUCACGGAGCAGUUUGCUCUCUUGCUCAAGUGUCUGUGGAGCGGACAGUACAACCCAGUCGUGAGUUCCAGAUUCAAAGAGAUGGUGGGUAGGGCUACAGAACAGUACCAGGGCACGGCUCAGCACGAUGCACAGGAAUUCUUUCUCUGGUUGUUGGAUAACAUCCACGAAGACCUGAACCAGGCUGCCGCUCGCAGAUACAAACCACUGAAGGACACAUUGGGCAGACCAGAUGAAGAGGUGGCGGCUGAAGUCCUGGCCUCCCACCUCCAGAGGAACAACAGUUUCAUUCAGAAUCUCUUCCAGGGCCAGUUCCGCUCGGCUCUCAUCUGCCCCUCUUGCUCCACCCGCUCCUGCACCUUUGACCCCUACGUAACCAUCUCCCUCCCACUUCCCCAGCGAGAGACGAGGCCCGUCUACGUCACCGUGGUCUACCGCGCCGCUCACCGGAACAUGAGGGUGUUUGGGGUUAACGUAUCAAUUGACGGGAGCAUCCGAGAGUUGAGGAACAAGCUGGCCGAGCUGUGCGGAGUUCACAGGCAGCACCUCGUACUAGCUGACUUGUCAGGAGAUGGGUUCCACAGAGCGUUCUACGACGACCAGCACAUAUCAGUGGCCCACCCCAGCGAUCUGGUGCAUGCAUUCGAGUGUCCACCCUACAAGGGAGAUAACCCAGAGGCAUACUCCCAGACCAACCCUUCUGGCAGCAAAGAGUUGCUGCUCAUUCUGGUGGUCAACAAGUGUGGACAGACUCAUUUCGGUCGCAUGUUUGGACGCCCGCUGAUCCUGAGAGUGUGGCGGGACUUGACGCACCAACUUUUCCAGUCUGUGGUGCUAAAGAACAUGGCGCAGUUCCUUAGGGAUGGAGUCAGACUCCCUGAGGUGUGUCGCAGUGGGAAUCUGUUCAAAUGUCGAGUGGUGGAUGGUCUACCAGGUCGCUGUGUUCUCCCAACUGAUGUCGAACAUCCCUUCUACUCUCCCUCUGUAGACAAAGCAAUGAAUGUGAGCAUGGUGUACGGAGGCCCCACCCACAUCAAGCUGGUAUGUGAGUGGGAGCCCGAGACCAAGGCCGCAGUGUUUGGCGUCGUUCCAGACCAGCACCCGAUGCCCCACGAGAGCGUGGCGGAACUGAGACAGUACUACGAACAGCCGCUCCAAACCUCCCUCACUGACAGCCUCAAUAUCUACACAAGAGAAGAGACGUUGAACCGAGAGGACUCGUGGUUCUGUCCUCACUGCAAACAGCAGCAGCAGGACGCCACCAAGAAAAUCACCCUCUGGACUCUACCUGACGUGCUGGUCAUCCACCUCAAGAGGUUUCGACAGAUUGGCUACAUUCGAACAAAACUCAGUACACUGGUCAUGUUCCCCAUUACUGGACUGGACAUGACUCCCUUCCUGGCCCCACGAAGCUCCACCCAGUCCCGCCCCUCGUCUGCCACGCCCUCCUACAAGACCCAGCGCAGCACGACGAAAUCAGUCCAUUUCGAAGACGAGAAUGGCCGCCAACAAAAGUCUCCCCUCGGCCGCAGCGUGAGUGCGGGGAAAGGGAAAGGGAAACGGUUUCUCUUCCCUCGAAGGAAGCAGCAGACGACUCCACCGGAGAAGAAAGGAGAGAGAAAGACAGGGAAGAGUGAUUCGGUGAAGAAAUCUCCGCAGCACUCUCGCUCAGCCUCCAUGGAAGGAGAGAGACGGAGAAGCAGAUCGCCGGACGCUCCUCGCACAUCUUGCUCUCCUCCUGUGGGAUCAGAGAGCCCGAUGAGCGUCCGCAGCGUCCCGAGCAACAUCGAGCGAUUCCAAUUAAAGCCCCACCAUCGCUACUUUCUCCCUCCGAGCCCACUCGACCACACCCCCUCCAGUCUGGACGACACGCGACUCAGUAACAUGUAUGACCUAUUUGCCGUGUGCAACCACUCGGGGACGCUCAGUCGUGGACACUACACCGCAUUCUGCAGGAACCCCACAGACGGGCGAUGGUACAGCUACGACGACAGCACGGUCCAACCCAUUCCCGAGGAUCACCUAAUCACAUCGGGGGCCUACAUGCUGUUUUACGUCCGUCAAUCUCUUCUGUCUUCGUCCCCGCUGAGCAGCUCAGAAUCCUCGCAGUCUUCUUGCAACAGCGCCAACCACUGGAUCAACCACAUGCCUCCAUUCAAACUAGACCUCAACGACUACCACGAGGAGCUGUGCCAGCUACAGAGACAGAGCAAGCAAUUCUCUCAGCAGGGCUACGACGGACACACCGAGUUCCAGGCCAGGGGAGGAGAAGGCAGAUCCAGAGCCAGACUCGACUCCUCCAACUCUGUCCUCUCAGCACCUCCGAACGUGGGUCUGCAGGUGUCUCCCCCGGCCUCGGCUCAGGAU